UCGACCAAUACAGUUCGGAGAUUGAAUCGUUAAAUCCAGGGAAUACCGGAGAGGUGAGGAAGGGAAGAAAACGGAAAUGGCUAGCGAGAGUGACGACGCCGCCCGCCGUAAGGUGAUUCAGGAGUACCGGAGAAAGCUCGCAAACCACAAAGAGUUGGAAGGGCGCGUUCGAUCUGGAAGGGAGAACUUAAGGACCGAAAAGAAAGAAUAUGCUAAGACCGAAGAUGAUUUGAAGUCCCUUCAGAGCGUGGGACAGAUUAUAGGCGAAGUUCUUAGGCCUUUGGAUAACGAACGCCUGAUUGUCAAAGCAAGCAGCGGCCCAAGAUAUGUGGUUGGAUGCCGAAACAAAGUGGACAAAGAUAAACUUACGGCAGGCACCAGAGUGGUUCUUGAUAUGACAACGCUAACAAUUAUGCGAGCUCUCCCACGUGAGGUGGAUCCCGUAGUUUAUAACAUGCUUCAUGAGGACCCUGGAAAUGUUAGUUAUUCUGCUGUGGGUGGUCUAUCAGAUCAAAUUCGAGAAUUGAGAGAAUCAAUAGAAUUGCCUCUCAUGAAUCCUGAGCUCUUUCUUCGAGUUGGCAUUAAACCUCCCAAGGGUGUUCUUUUGUACGGGCCUCCCGGAACUGGCAAGACACUGUUGGCCAGAGCUAUUGCCAGCAACAUAGAUGCAAAUUUCUUAAAGGUCGUAUCAAGUGCUAUUAUUGACAAGUAUAUUGGUGAGAGUGCAAGGUUGAUAAGAGAAAUGUUUGGUUAUGCCCGUGACCACCAACCGUGUAUCAUAUUUAUGGAUGAGAUUGAUGCGAUUGGAGGACGUCGUUUUAGUGAGGGAACGAGUGCAGACCGGGAAAUCCAGAGGACCCUUAUGGAGCUAUUAAACCAGCUUGAUGGGUUUGACCAGCUUGGCAAGGUUAAAAUGAUAAUGGCAACAAACAGACCUGAUGUCCUGGAUCCUGCACUUCUUCGUCCUGGUCGCCUGGACAGAAAAAUAGAGAUACCAUUGCCUAAUGAACAGUCGAGAAUGGAGAUCCUCAAGAUUCAUGCUGCUGGAAUAGCUAAACAUGGUGAAAUUGAUUACGAAGCUGUUGUUAAACUUGCCGAGGGUUUCAAUGGGGCUGACCUUCGGAACAUAUGCACUGAGGCUGGUAUGUCGGCAAUCCGUGCAGAGCGCGAUUAUGUUAUCCACGAAGAUUUCAUGAAGGCUGUUCGAAAACUGAAUGAAGCUAAGAAACUUGAAUCGAGUGCGCAUUAUAGUGCCGAUUUUGGGAAAGAUUAAGUGCCAAAGCUUCUGGUUGAGACCAAUGCAGACAACAGGGAGGCGAUCUCUUUCGAGAACAUACAUAGGCCAAUCAGUUGUUCGUUUCUUUCAUGCGUCUUGCCUUCGUAUUUUGUAUACUUUCCGGGCUCAAGACAAUUUGAAAACCUCUAUUAAUGUCUGGAUAUGUAAUGUUUAUUAUGCCUGAUUUGAUUUA